AUGGGCGACUUCUCCGCCAGCAGCAUCCACCGUUCCCGCCUCCACGACUGCCACGGCAACGACGGCGACGCACUCAUCCGCCGUCGCGUCGACUCGCCGCAGUCCGUCUUGGGCCCCUUGCUCUCUUCCAUGGCCGGCCUCAGCUUCACGCGUCAUCCCCUCCAAGAUCCGCCCGGCCGCAAGAUCACCAAGAAAGGAACGCGUACCGUCGAGGACUCAAUUCCCCGUGGCUCCUGGCGCAGUGCGAUUGCCACAUCCGAUAUUACUCCGCCGGCCCCGAUCGUGGUGAAGAGGCGGCGAUUCACGACCCUCAUCGAUGACGAUGACUGCGGAAUGGACGACGGAGAUGCAACGCCUGGGGUCGCAAGAAAGCUUGGGGACCUCCUUGAUAAGGUGGCUUCGGAGAGCGCCGAUCCUAAGGAAGAGAGGCAGGGGGACUCCAUUGAACCAUGA